AGAGUGGAGAGCAAUUCCUAAUCUUCGGUUACGCUGCUUCCGCAGCAGUCGUUGGAAGAGAAGUACCAGCCAGCGCCUUUCUCCGCUUGCUGCCUCUGCGCCGUUGGCGUAGCAUGCCCCAAGAUGGCGUCGCGGUCGUCGUCGUUGGCGGCGGUGGCCGGAGCGCUGGCAUCAGCUGCGGUGCCGACGUGGGAAGAGUUGAGAGGGGCAAUGAGGCGGCGGGUGGAGGGUGGCAGCAUUAGUAGCGAGUAGCGGCUGCAGAGAGGGUCUCUCCUCCCCCGGCCACUGUGAGGCAGAGGCUCCCCGGGAUAGCGGGUCCCCCGCCCCCCUCAGGCAGGGAGACCCCGACCUUCCCUUGUGUGGAGCCGACACCCUUUUCCCGGCCCAUCUCGCUGCUGCCUCCCCGGUGGGUCUUCCCACCCCUUCCCCGGAGCGGAGGAUGAUGAAGCUCAAGUCCAACCAGACUCGCACCUACGACGGGGACGGAUACAAGAAACGGGCGGCUUGCCUCUGCUUCCGCAACGAGAGCGAGGAAGAGGUGCUGCUAGUGAGCAGUAGUCGUCAUCCAGAUAGAUGGAUUGUCCCAGGAGGUGGUAUGGAGCCUGAAGAGGAGCCUAGUGUGGCUGCUGUGCGGGAGGUUUGUGAAGAGGCUGGAGUGAAAGGGACAUUAGGAAGAUUAGUAGGAAUAUUUGAGAACCAGGACAGGAAACACAGAACAUACGUUUAUGUACUAAUUGUCACAGAAGUAUUGGAAGACUGGGAGGAUUCUGUGAAUAUUGGAAGGAAAAGGGAAUGGUUUAAGAUAGAUGAUGCCAUAAAAGUUCUGCAGUAUCACAAACCUGUGCAGGCCUCAUAUUUUGAAACCUUGAGGCAAGGCUAUUUGGCGAACAACGGCACUCCUGUUGUCACCACAUCAUUCUCAAAUGAGAGCGCACUGUCUGACAUCAGAUGACUGAAGAUUUCCUAUAAGAGAAAUAGAUUUUGAAAAGUAGACUGAAACGCGGAUUUCCCUUCUUCCCCUCUUCUCGCCGCUUUCACAUGCUUCGUCUGUCAAACAAGACAUGUGCAGCAGCCUUUGGCAGUGCAAAUGUUUGAGUGUUGCAUUCUAGUGCAAAGUGGGGUUUUCUUGCUUUUUCUUGGAUAUGUAUUUUGUAAAACACAUCUUGUGCAUGAAGUGCCCCUUCCCUAUUAACAACAUUUUGACAACCUGAAGAGCAAGGCUGCUAGCUUCACUUACGCCUUGUCUUCUGAAAUGUUCCUGUGUGUUGUCCAGCCAUAGCCAGACUUCUAAUAUUUUCAGUUACAGAAGGCUGCAAAUGUGAGAUCAGUCCUUUACGUCUUAGAUUUUGUACAGUAAGGUGCCGUUGAGAUCCGUGUGGUGGCCACUUUCUCAGCUCAUGCAUGUAACCUUUUUUUUAGAUUGAGAAAUCUAACACUUUGAUUUUGCAGGAUUUUUUUUUAAAAAAACCAUGGGCUACUUCUAUAAAGGAGGGCUUCAUAAUCUUGUUUGCCUUGUUUUUUAAAAGAAACUUUUUGUGACAGUGCUGGUGGCUGGGCCAGAUUGACUCCCUGCACCCCACUCCCUGACCUAAAGUUAUUAUAGUAGUGACACUUGAAGGAGAAGGCCAAGUUACAAUCACUUGCGGACAUCCCUGGUGCUCCGUUCUUUCUACAGUUUCAGCCAAUAUGUCAUCUUCUGACAAUGGACAGAAGCACAAGGAAUUGGUCACCACUUACUCAAAAGCAUAUGGCCUCAGAAACUAAAUGAAUUCCAGCCUCAAUAAAUAGGAAUCAGGGAUUCAAAAUGAGUUUAAAAACUAAUGAACCGGAGCAUCAAGCACCAAUGCUUUCUGCUGGUGUGGAAUUCUUUCUCUUCCUGCUGCAUACUGCUGAUACUUUUUCUUGUCCACAUGCCUUACACUAUACUGAACUGGAUAUUGUAAUUUGUGCUAAAGCAUUGGAUUAUACUUUGAGUGUUACUGCAUGGUGGGACAGUCACAUUGGGUCCCUGAAAAGAACUCCCAGGGGAAAACGUCAGGUGUCCAACCUCCUUUGUCUGUAGCAUUACAGCACUUGUAAAUGCACCACAGAGCAUGCACAAAAUUGUAAACUUUAUCCCUCAGUGGCAAAGGUACAACUGGCUCCCAAGCAGAAAUGCUGGUGUGGAGAACUGUGUCAUUUUAAUAGGAUAGUUAACCUGAUGCAUCGGCACGUCACAUUUUUGUUUCUAUUGAUGUAUGUUUCAUGCUGUCUUGAUUUGCCAACAGUGUUGUCUAGUUGGGAGACUUUGGAAAGGGCUGUGGGAGGGGGUGGGAUUGGGAAGGUUUGGGGAGGGGCAUUAGUUAAUCCCUGGCUUGGGACAGGACCUAGUUGCUAUAUUUGGUGACUACUUCUUUGUCAGAGUAUAGCCAAGAUGUGAAAUUAAAUCUGCAGUACUCUUAUUUAACUGAUCAUUCUGUGAUCACAAAAAUAUCCUUAAACAGUCAUGCAGCCUGAAGUAAAGAACAUUUGUAUACUUCCUACUUUGGAAAGUUGCUGUGAAAUUCAAGAUCCAAUUUUAUUUCUUUGCUUGAAUUCCCUACUUUCAGUGAAUGGAAUAGCAUUCCAUAGUAUGGGAUCACUAAUGUCAAAAGCUUUACCCAGGAGAAGGCUGAGAGGCAUUUUUCAAGAAGUGGCUUAAACUUGAACAUCUAGAACAAAUCUGAAAUUAUGCUAUGCCACUUCACUGCCCUUCAUCUUAAAAAUCAAACAAUAAACAAUUAACUACAAAGGGCUUGACUAGUGUCUUGAAAUGUAUAAUAUGAUUUCUCCUACUAAGGUGUAUGUGGCACUUGCCAAUAUAGCAAACUGUUGCCUUCAGCUAAAGGUCUUUUGUCUCAUUGAAUAGAUUAGGACAUGAACGUUUGUUUAAAAGAGAACUGAGAGUCCUGAAAGGGUGACUGCAGUUUUAAUAUCUACAGCAUGCACACUUUUUAAAAACUCUAAAAUGUUUUAUAGGGCUGUUAAACUGACAAUUUAGGAUAGAAUAUUGUUAAUGAUUUGCUAACAGCUUUUUUUGAGGGGGGGAGGGGGGAUGUCAGGAAAAAUAAAUUGUGCCAAGGAAGUAGUUAAUGUGGGAUGGAUUGAUGCUGUUUAUGCAACUGCAUUGAGUGGCCGAUGUUUGCCUUCUAAACUGGAAAUGGAAGAUGCAGCUCUUGGGUACAGAUAGUCUGGAUUCUUCAAUUGUGUAUUUUAACUUAGUCCUCACUCCUGUUUACUAAACCCCACAUUUUCACUGCUUUUAAUGCACUAGAGUUCACAGCUUUCCCAAUAUCUCAGGGUAUUCUGUAAUAAAUGAGACAUGAAACUACUUAGUAAUUUAAAUGGAAUUAUCACAUCAACUCACCUUUUCAGAGCAUGUAUAAUUACACUGGAACAUCCUGCAUUGGCAGACCAUACAUCUAAAAAUAAGUAGUGGGUGUUUUCUAUUCAAAUGCAAUCCAGUGCUAAGUAGGUAGACUGAGCCUUGGUUUAGAGUGAAAACAUCUUAAACCGUCAGUUAAUUUAGACUUCAUGCUGGGCUUCAACAUAACAGGCAACUUUCUUUGGUUGUUAUUUGCAAAACUCUUAGAUUUAUUUACUAUAAUCAAGGAGGAAAGUAAAAUGUGCUUAAUAGUCCAUUCUUUCCCUACAAUAAGAUUUAGAUUCAAAUCAAACUGGGCAUCAAAUAUUGUGAAGACUAUAUAUGUGCCCUUCACUCACCUCUUUUGUGUGUCCCAUGGAAAUUGGGAACCCCAGCUUUCAUUUUUAUAUUAAAAUUUCUAGUUCUUGCAGUGUAGAGAGAGGAGGUUGAAUAUUUGAAUGCAAAAAUUUGCUGAACUUGUACACUUCUUGAUUUAGACAAAUGCUGGUACGGCAUGAACAUUCUUGCAGAUUCACAUAUACAUAUUUACAAAUACUUACAAGUUCAGAUUUGGUGCUUUCUUUUCAUUUAGAUGAGAUCUAGGUGGGCCUUUGCAUUAUGUGUACAAUGUAUCAGCCCUUCUUAAUUCAGGGUUGACUGUGCUGCUUAAAACUAUUUUUGGCACUGAGUUUGCACAUAACUGCUGGGUAAUCUUAGUGAAUCUGAAAUGUAGCAUUGUGAGUGAGAGUGUACAACCUCUGCUAGAUUUUCCAGUAUGGAGAGAAAUGGAUUUUCUUUGCUAGGAGGACGAAAUCACUUCAGGCUUUCUGCAGUUAUAUCUGCCAUCCUGUUGCGUAAAAUGCAGUAGUGAUUUUCCAAUGGCAUCCCUUAUGUGUUUUCAGUGUUCAUAGAUUAGAAUGUGUGUGAUGUAGAGUAAAUAGAAUAUCCUGGAGUAUUUUGAUGUAUCUAUUACUCUUUGGGGGUUUAACCUUGAAUUAGCUCCCAUUAGAUCUUCUAAAAAUUGAGAAAUCAUCUUUGUAUGAAGAGUUUAGCCUGAAGUUACCUUCAUGAUUUUAGAUGCAGCAUAGUUUUUAUUUUCCAAAAAGCAUUGUAUUUGUUGUUAGCCAUAUUCCUAUAAUCUCAACCCUCUGUCUCCAGCCUCCAUUUCCCUCUCAAAAAGCUCAUUUUGUUUACUAGUUUAAAAAUCUGCCAAUAAAAAUAAUGGAGUGCCAUGCUA